AUGAACGCCCAGAACCAAACACAACUGACAGAAUUCCUCUUCCUGGGUUUCUCCAACCUGCUGAGCUACGAAGCCCACCUUUUCCUGGUGCUUCUUGCUGCCUAUCUGGCCACCCUGAUGAGCAACUUCAUGAUCAUCAUCUUAAGUCUCCUGGAUUCCCGUCUCCACACCCCCAUGUACUUCUUCCUCAGCCAGCUCUCCUGCUUGGAUAUUUGCCUUUCUUCUGUGGUGGUACCAAAGAUCUUGGUGAACUUCCUACGCCAGCAGCACACCAUCUCCUACGACCAAUGCCUGGCACAAGCCUUCUUCCUGAUUGGCUUUGCGGGAUGUGAGUUGGCACUGCUGGCCAUCAUGGCUUAUGACCGCUAUGCUGCCAUCUGCCAACCUUUGCACUAUGCCCACCUGAUGAGGGGCAAGGUCUGCAUCAAUCUGUCUGUGGCCAUUUGGCUCUGGGGCUUCCUACACUCGGCCAUUCAUGUUACCUUGGCAUCUAGGUUGGACUUUUGUGGAAACCGCAAUAUUCCUCACAUCUUUUGUGAUGUCCCCCCAUUACUGAAGAUUGCCUGCAGUGAUACGUGGGUCAACGAAUUGGCCAAUCACAUCACCAGCCUCUUUGUGGGCCUCAGCCCCUUCCUCUUCAUCAUCCUGUCCUACAUCUACAUUCUGGCUUCCAUUCUGCGAAUUCGCUCCAACACUGGCAGGCGCAAAGCCUUCUCCACUUGUGCGUCACAUAUCAGUGUGGUAACUCUCUUUGUUGGUAAUGGAAGUAUGAAUUACAACCAGCCCAGUGCUGGAUACUCUCUGGAGGUUGAUGCUCUGAUCUCCACCAUGUUUUGCAUUGUCACCCCCAUGCUCAACCCUUUGAUCUACACCCUCCAUAACAGGGAGGUGAAAGAGGCCCUGAGGAAGAUUCUCAGCUGCUGGAAGAGAGCAUAG